AUGGAACUCCGCAUGUCGAAUAUGGUUGCGGCGAAGGCCAUAUCCGAUGCUGUACGCACGUCUCUUGGUCCGAGGGGAAUGGAUAAGAUGAUCCAAACAUCGAAAGGCGAGGUGAUCGUCACGAACGAUGGUGCGACCAUCCUCAAGAGCAUCCAGGCCCUUCACCCCGCAGCGAAGAUGCUCGUCGAUCUCUCUGCCGCGCAAGAUGUUGAGGCCGGCGAUGGAACGACCUCCGUUGUCGUCCUUGCUGGUAGCUUCCUUGGUGCCGCUGAGAAGAUGCUCGAGAAGGGCAUUCACCCCACGAUCAUCGCCGAGUCCUUCAUCAAGGCAUCCGCGAAGGCCGUCGAAUACCUCACCGAGAUUUCGACUCCGGUCGACCUGAACGACAAGUCGAGCCUCCUUCGCGCAGCGAGCACAUCUCUGAACUCGAAGAUCGUCUCGCAAUACUCCUCGACUUUAGCGCCCAUCGCUGUCCAGGCCGUAACCCGCCUCGUGACACCUACUUCCUCCAACGUCGACCUUCGCGAUAUCCGCAUCGCUAAGAAGGUCGGCGGCACCAUCGAGGACACUGAGCUCGUCGAGGGCGUCGUCCUCAACCAGAACGUCAUCUCCUCCGCCGGCGGCCCCAGCCGCAUCGAAAAAGCCAAGAUCGCCAUAAUCCAGUUCCAGCUCAGCCCCCCGAAGCCAGACAUGGACAACACGGUCGUGAUCAACGACUACCGCCAGAUGGACAAGGUCAUCAAGGAGGGCCGCCAGUACCUCCUGAACAUGUGCAAGAAGAUCAAGAAGGCGGGCUGCAACGUCCUGCUCAUCCAGAAGUCGAUCCUGCGCGACGCGGUCGACGACACGUCGCUCAACUUCUUGAAGCGGCUGGGGAUCCUGGCGGUGAAGGACGUCGAGCGCGAUGAGAUCGAGUUCUUGGCGAAGAGCUUGGGGUGCAAGCCGGUGGCGGAUAUAGAGGCGUUUACGGAGGAUAAGCUCGGGUAUGCGGAUCUCGUCGAGGAGACCUCGCAAUCGGGCGCCAAAGUCGUCCGCAUCACCGGUAUCAAGAACCGCGGGCGGACAGUCAGCAUCCUCGCCAUGGGCAGCAACAGCCUCGUCCUCGAGGAGUGCGAGCGCAGUCUGCACGACGCGCUCUGUGUUGUCCGUUGUCUCGUGAAGAAGCGCGCCUUGAUCGGCGGUGGUGGAUCCCCCGAGAUCCAUGUCUCGCGGCUGUUGUCGCAAUAUUCGCACACGCUGAAGGGCAUGGAGGCAUACUGCUUCCAGGCCUACGCGGACGCUUUGGAGGUCAUCCCGACGACGCUCGCCGAGAACGCAGGCUUGAACCCCAUCGCGAUCGUCACCGAGCUGCGCAACAGGCAUGCUUUGGGCGAGCGCAACGCUGGCAUCAACGUCCGGAAGGGCUUGAUAUCAAACAUCCUCGAGGAGGACGUCGUUCAGCCGUUGCUCGUCUCAACAAGCGCAGUGGAGCUGGCGACCGAGACAGUCUGCUUGCUGUUGAAGAUCGACGACUACGUGCAAGCACGAUAGAUGUUGAAGUGUGAGGGAAUAUAUUUGCUGUAUUCAUAGUGCUUUUUCGACUACAACUGCUGCUUGUCGAA